GACUUCGUAGUGCCUCAAUCGAUUAAUAAAAGACCUAAACUUUUGUAUAAAAUAAACUUAAAACAAACAAAAAGGAACCCGUCCGACGCGACGGGGGACACAUCAAACUAAAAACAAAAUUGUUAUUUUUAUUUAAUUCCGAGCAUUUUCAUAUUUAUCUACCUUUUAAACCUUCUCUGGACUUCCACAAAUAAACCAAGACUAAAAUUAGCCAAAUCCAUUCUCGAGUUUUAGCAAGACUAACGAACAUCAAUUAAUUUUUAUAUAUGUAGAUUAAGAUUAUAAAACUACUUACGAUUGCUACUUAAAUAGCUCAAUGCGAUAGAAAAGGAAGCAUAUAUUAUGUAUAUGAUGGUUCGAAUUUAUCAACAUUGCAAAGGUUUAUCAACCAGUGUUGUUUUGUAGGAAACAUAAAUUAGUUGCGUUCGAGAAAACGUGGCGAUACGUCGUCUGCUUCCAUAUAUUUUAAAGAUCAUUUUGUGAGUUUUGUUUCAUUUUUUGGACUAAGAUGCCUAGACGGGGCGUACAUACAGAGAGCGGUCCCAGCACAACUGCAGAUGUCAUCAUGUUGAAUGACAGAAAUGUAGCAACUGUGUCGGGAGACGUCGCGUCGAUUCAAACUUCACAAUUUAAUGCAACCGAAGGCCCUCGAGAUGUUGAAACCAAUGCUUCGAACGCACAAAAAUCCGAAAAAGACAAAGAUAUACCGUUUUCGCGCUACCUGCGAAAAGUAGUGAAGACAUCGAGCAGGGUGAUUAGAGCGUUGUCUAUAGCUGCGUUCGUAAUACUUUUAACAGUCGUCGCCUUCAUGCUGUAUUUCACGAUCAUGGCUAACUUUUCCUCCGAAGACGGCGACCGUACCGCUCCUCACGAGUGGGAUAUUUCAAGGGUGUUGUGGCAAGCCAGAUGGGCCAACAAUACGCAGCGCACAACAGCUUUCGAUCCUAUACGACUGGUCAUUAUCCAGCACACCGUCACACCAGACUGUUUCACAUUCGUCGCUUGCGUGGCGGCAUUACGUAAUCUCCAGAGCUACUUCUUGAUAAACUUACAUUAUGACAUACCCUACAAUUUCAUGAUUGGAAAUGACGGCAGAGUGUACGAAGGACGCGGCUGGGGCAUGGUCGGUGCCCAUACCUUCAUGUAUAACAGAUGUACACUGGGCCUAGGAUUUGUAGGAAACUACGACAGACACACACAAGUUUCAAAGCUGCAAAUCGAAAGAAUGAAAUUGUUACUCGAAAAAGGCGUAAGAGAAGGCUUUCUGGAUCCUAACUACCACAUAGUCGCCGCUAGUGAUAUACAAAACACAGACAGUCCCGGAUCGAAUCUAUACAAGGCCUUGAAAGAAUUGGAUCAUUUCGAACACACUGAUCGCUUCAGGAACGUCGACUGUGAAGUUACCUACGGAAUGGUAUCUUAAGCAAAUUGUAUUUAUUGUACAUGUAAAAUAAAAAUAUUGGUAAAUGUUGCAUAUACCGUCUAGUCACCUCUCUUUAUCCGUCAUCGUUUUCUUUGUCAGUAAAAUUAGGUCAGCCCAAUUUGUUUAUACGUUUUUAAGCUAACCAUUAAAAUGUAGUACAUAUA